GUCAUUAAAGGAGCCUCAGAUUGUGAAGUCAGAUCUGUUGUCUCGCUCGUGCAUCUUCUACAAAAACACUAGAAGAGUUGCGACUUCACAACACUACAUGAAGAGGUGCAGGACUGUCUCAUAACAGGACUUUAUGAGAAAGUUCAGUGGCCUGUUGUGGAUCGGACUGACUCAGCAAGGGAAACUAAAGAGGUGGAGAUGGGUGGAUGGCACCCCGCUGACCAAAAGGACUUGGUCGUUCAUUAACAUAAUCCAUCUCCGUCCCCUCCAUCAUCUGCAGACGAGUUUCCUUCACUUUUAGAUCCUGAAGAGAGAGCAAAGACACUGAAGACGACUUGUACAGACUUUGAAAAGAGGAAGAGGCGAACGCAAGAGUGGAAAACACCAUACAUGUAAAGGAAAUGAAGAAAGCAUGUUUCACAGGCUGUGACAUAGAACAUGCCUGCUUUAGAGCCUUCAAUGAUGUGUUCAGGUGUAAUAGUUAUCAUUAAAAGAUAAAAAGACUGUCCCCCAAAGUCUGCAGUUUGUUGGUUAACAUGGUGAGGUUAGAGGAUCCUGAGAUCCCUUUGGAUUAUGUGAAUGUACCGGACAGGAGUCAGGGCCUGAAGCGCUGCUCUGGAGCGACCGCUGCUGCGACUGAGAGAAAACUCUUCAGACGGGCUGCGUUGAGCUUUGGACUCCUCUGCAUGUUACAAGUUGUUCUCAACGUCUCUCUGCGUCUCGCUUUCUACAGUCGGGACAGCGUGGCUCCAGAGGUCGAGGCCAGCUGUAAGAACAUUACAGAGAGACGUCACAUUGACCUUGAUCACUAUUUCCAACAAGGAUGGGUUCACUUUGGUCUGAGUCUCUAUUACGUUUCCUUUGUAAAGAAGUCCUGGCAGGAGAGCAGAAAGGACUGUCUGCAGCGAGGUGCACACCUGGUGAUCAUCGACAGCAGAGAGGAGCAUGACUUUACGAGAAAGUUCAGCGGGAUGUUGUGGAUCGGACUGACUUGGCAAGGGAAACUAAAGAGGUGGAUAUGGGUGGAUGGCACCCCGCUUACCCAAAGUUAUUGGGGUCCUGGGGAGCCGAACAAUAAUGGAGGCCAAAAGGAAGAUUGUGUUCAAAUAAGGCCCAAUAUCAACGGAAGCAGCUGGAAUGACAUCCAGUGUGAAGAUCAAUACAUCUGGAUCUGUGAAAAGACGGUGGCUUAAUAACUCUCACGUCUUUUUGCUGUAAUUUAAUAUCUUAAUGGCAUCGUCUCAACUCAUCUGAAGUGGGUUGCUGACAUCAAAUUUAAAACAGUCAUUUUCGAGAAAUAUCUCAGCUUCAGUGUUUGAUCCGUCAUCUUUUUUUAGCUGUUUUCAGAGACACGCUGGGUUUCACUGUUUUUAAAUCAUCAUGUUGUUUUUAUUUACAUUAAAGCAGAAACUAAUCUAUUUGUGUAAACCUUGUUUUAUAUCGCACAUUGUUCGUAAAACAUCAAAUAAACAAGACUCCCGUACUUCAA